AUGGCGCUCUCCGAACUCCCACUCCACCACUCCUUCCGCCUCUCCUCCCGCCCCACCAUCCACCGCCUCUUCCCGCUCCGCCUCCUCUCCUCCUCCUCCUCCCCCCCUCCCGACACCACCGGCGCGCCGUGGUUGCAGAAGUGGGCGCCCUCCGACCCCUCCCGUCCCGCCCCUGCUCCCGCUCCCGUCCCGUCCCCGACCACGUCCAUAGACCGCAUCGUCCACCGCCUCCGUAACCUCGGCCUCGCCUCCGACGACGAUGACCCCUCCGCUGCCACGGCCGCCGCGCCGGCCCCCGACGGCACCGAGCGCCUCGGCGACCUGCUCGACCGCAGCUGGGCGCGGCCCGACCGCCAGUUCGCGGCCGCCAGCUUCGACGAUGCCGUCCUCCCGUGGGAGAGAGACGACGAGCCCACGGGGCCGGCGAGGGACGAGGAGGACGGGGCCAAGAGGAGACGGGUCAAGGCGCCCACGCUGGCCGAGCUCACGAUCGAGGACGAGGAGCUGCGCCGGCUGCGCAGGCUCGGGAUGACGCUUCGCGACCGCAUCACCGUGCCCAAGGCGGGAGUCACGACGGCCGUCACGGAGAAGAUCCAUGACGCCUGGAGGAAGUCGGAGCUGGUCCGCCUCAAGUUCCACGAGGACCUCGCGCACGACAUGAAGACAGCUCAUGAGCUCGUUGAGCGACGCACAGGUGGAUUGAUCAUAUGGAGGUCUGGAAGUGUAAUGGUGGUUUACCGAGGGAGCAAUUACAAGAGACCUCUGAAAUCUCAAACUCUAAAUGGUGCCUCAUCACCAGUGAAGGGGGAAGAAGGUGCAUUAUUCAUCCCAGAUGCCUCUAGCCCUGCUGAGAAUGAUGUUCAGGGAAAGGAUUUGGCUGCGCAGCAUGCAAACAUGUCCCAGUUGAACAUGCAGAAUACUGAGGACAUGACAGAGGAAGAGCUGGAGUUCAAUCAGAUGCUUGAUGAGCUGGGUCCUCGUUUUGUGGAUUGGUGGGGAACGGGUAUUUUACCAGUGGAUGCCGACUUGCUGCCUCAAACGAUCCCUGGUUAUAAAACGCCAUAUAGAGUUCUUCCGACUGGAAUGCGUUCGACGCUUACCAAUGCAGAGCUGACUAACUUGCGAAAGUUAGCGAGGAACCUUCCAUGCCAUUUUGCUCUAGAAUCUAACAGGGGCACCUUGCUUCUUCGAAAUAAAUUUUACAUUGUAAUAUAUCGUGGAAAAGACUUCCUCCCAACAUCUGUGGCAGCUGUGUUGGCUGAAAGAGAGGAGUUGACAAAGGAUAUUCAGAAUAUGGAGGAGCAGAGAAGAAACGUUUUGAUUGCACAACCUCCGGAUGAUGGCUUAGAUGGGCAUGCUCUUGUGGGUACUCUUGCUGAGUUUCAGGUGGCCCAAGCUCGUUGGGGAAGAGAAGUAACUGCUAAGGAGCAAGAAGAAAUGAAAGAAGCUUCUUCUAGAUCAGAAAAGCAAAAGCUUUACAGGAAACUCGAACACAAGCUUUCCAUUGCUCAGGCAAAAAUACAUAGAGCCGAACGCUUACUAUCAAAGAUUGAAGCUUCUAUGGUACUUGCUGAUCCAUGUGAUGAUCAAGAAAUGAUUACAGAUGAGGAAAAGUCUGUUUUCCGUAGGAUUGGUUUAAGGCUUAAGUCAUAUUUGCCACUUGGAGUUCGUGGCGUUUUUGAUGGUGUAAUUGAAAAUAUGCACUUGCAUUGGAAGCACAGGGAAGUUGUCAAAUUAAUUUCAAAGCAGAAGACUUUGUCAUUCGUUGAAGAGACGGCACGACUUCUUGCAUAUGAGAGUGGUGGUAUAUUAGUUGCAAUUGAAAGAGUUCCAAAGGGUUAUGCACUCAUUUUUUACCGUGGAAAGAACUAUAGGAGGCCUAUUAACAUAAGGCCAAGAAACCUCUUAACAAAAGCUAAGGCAUUGAAACGUGCAGUUGCUAUGCAACGUCAUGAGGCCCUUAGUCAGCAUAUAGAUCAACUGGAAAGCAAUAUCAAGCAGAUGAAGUUGGAUCUGGGUAUUGAGGACUAUGAGGAACGAGAUGAGGAUAGCUCAGAUUCAGAAAAUGAAUAUGGCAUGGCAGUCACCUCUGCUAGCUAUGAUGAGGAUCAAGAUGAUUUUGAUGAAUCAGCUGUUGAAGAUGAAUAUGAUGAUUACGAUGACGACGAUGAAGAUGAGGAGAUUGACAGCUAG